AUGAAGCUCGCACUGGUUGCCUCCGUACUCCUGGCUGCUGCCAACUUUGGCAUAGCCACCGUUCUCCCCGAGCGGGCUACCAAGCCACCCUAUUUUAUCCUGAUUGGAGACUCGACUGUGACUGCCAACGCCGGUUGGGGAACUGGUUUCUUGGACUACUUGACUGGAGAUGCCAAAGGGGAGAAUCGUGCCAAGAGUGGCACUUCGACCUCUUCGUGGCAGAGCAACGGGCGAUGGAAGGAUCUACUCGAGACAAUUGAGGAGGCCAAGGAAGAAUACCGACCCAUUGUUCCCAUGCAGUUCGGUCAUAACGAUCAGAAGUACCUCAGCCUUGACGAGUAUCGUGCAUACAUAGUGCAAAUGGUUACCGAUAUUCAAGAUGCUGGAGGCAAGGCGAUCGUUAUCACGCCUCUCACCCGUCGCCUCUUCGUUGACGGCAAAGUCAGAGAGGACUUCGUCGAGUGGCGUGGCAAGGCCAUCGCCGCGGCGAAGGACGCGGGCGCAUAUUAUCUCGACCUCACCCUCGCAAGCACCAACUAUGUCAACGCCAUCGGACAGGAAAACGCGCAGUACUACAACUACGGCGACGCGGGAACCGAUCGGACCCAUCUUAACUCUGCCGGCUCCAAGGUUUUCGGUCGCAUGGUUUUGGAUCUUUUGCUCCAGAAGAGAUCUGACAUGUCCGAGUACUUCACUUCCAACGACGCAUUGAGCAAGCUAAUCGCAGCCGGCGACUUUGCCACCGGCGACGAGUAG